AUGUCAACAUCUUUCGUAAACACUCUCCUGCGCCGAAGCGAGGAUGCUGCCUCUUCCAACUCGACAAUCGUUCAGUUGCUCACUGCCCUCGUUGUCCUUGCCGGUUUGGGUUUGCUUCUUGGAGGAAUCCUGGUAGUUAUUCGACGUGUUAAGAGCAAGAAUAGCCCGACUUUGCCGACACAUACCAGGAAUUUGACAGUUACCGCUAUCCCCUAUUCGUCUAGCAAGCGCACUUCGUGGUUUGGUAACGAGAAGUCCGACCGACCGGGAACUCCGACAUCACCGGUUCCUGAAAUUAGAAUCACAUUCCCAGAAGAAGAGAGCGCCGACGGAAAGAGGAAAUCUGGCCGUGUCGUCGUUGUUCAGGUUGGUGAAGCGGGCGCUGCUUUCGUCCGCGACAUCGAGCCUGAUAACCUCCCUCCUUACCAGAAGGGUGGUUUCUCAUCCGUGGAUCUCAGCAAAGUUGGUGGUUUGAAGGAGAAGGAAUGGGCUUAA